AUGGCAACCAAAGCAGUUUCAGAAGUCAUGAGACAACAAUUAAAAAGAAAAGUUUUUAGAAAUAUUCCACAUAACAUUUUAACCCAAUUUCCAGAUCAUACAGUUAAAUCUUUAAGUCCAAAAUUUGUUGAAGCUUUACCAAAUGUACCAGCUGGUGUUAUUAAAAUCACCCUCAUUAAAAGUGGACAACGUGGUGUUGAUGAACAUAUUAAAGGAACAAUGAAUGCUUUAGGUUUAAAAAAAAUGCAUCAUUAUAUGUUCCAUAAAAAUACACCAGAAAUUAGAGGAAUGAUCCAUAAAUUAAGACAAUAUGUAAAAGUUGAAGAAAUCCCAAUCAAUAAUUAA